UGGACUGUAUUAAACCCUCUCUCUCUGUAGAUUGAUGUGGACUCUGGCGAUUAUGAUGGCACCACUCCACUCCAUAAAGCCUGUGAAGCAGGCCGACUAGACAUGGUCCAAUAUCUCUUGGCCAAGGGUGCAAGCCCAGCAGUGACGGAUCGAUUUGGAAACACUCCUCUUCACCUUGCUAUACGGCACAGGCACUAUGAGAUCAUCAGGAUCCUCAGGACAAAGGGGGCCACUCUUUCCAUUCCACCCGUCAGGAUAGGAAUUGAGCUCAUACAGGCAGUGGUCAAGAAAGAUUAUCAGAUCCUGUAUGGCUGGUUCCUAUCUGGCACCAACAUGGACCAGGGCGAUUAUGACAACCGCACUGCAAUGCACCUGGCAGUGAGGCUGAGAGACCCAGUCAUGGUCGCCACACUGCUGGACUACGGGGCUACUCCACUGGAGAGGGAUGUCCGGGGCAGGACGGCUGUGGACGAGGCCCGAAAGAAUGGCUUCCAGAACGUUCUGAAGCUCUUCCACCCGCGCUUCACUGAGCAGUUCCCCACCAGGGAGGCCUACCUGAAGUUCACUGCCGAGCAGGUGCCCUCGGACGACUGACAGCCCCGGACCUGCUGCGGCUUGCUGGUCUCCCUUGUCAGAGAGACCAGCAGAGUCGUGCACAUCGGUGCCUUUCUGGCCUUUCUCCUCUCAUGUCCAAUGCCCUGUACAUUCUCUACAGUACCCUGUACCUCAUUCACCUGAUUUCCAGUUCCUUUUACUUUAUUUGUAUUUCUAAUUUAUUUAUUAAUAUUAAAUACCUUAUAUUUCCAAUACAUUUCCAAUCUAUCCUU